AUGAGUAAGAAGAAUGCUGACCAAAAGCCAGAAGAAGGAGAUAAUGAAGGAAAUAACAACAGUGAAGAUGAGCUAGAGAAGAUUGCUUCGCAACCGCUAGAUCGUAGCAAAAAGAAAGACAAAAAUGAUCAAACUCCCAAAAAGCGAAGGUAUUCAUUUUCCCAUCUCCCUACGAAGAAGAACUCGGACCAGAAGAAACGAAGGAAAUCAGCUAUUUUCAAAGCCAAGGAUUUUGAAUAUCCAAUAAAGCCAAAAGAAGAAGUUCAAAAAGUUACUAAAUCUGCAGAAUCUUUAUUGUACGAGAGUCUUCACAGGCUCGCAACCAUAUAUCCUCAUCAAAUACGUGAUAUUUCAGAUUUUGUUUUCCAAGAAAUUAUCGGCCAUGGUGGUUUCGGUGAAGUUUGGUUAGCCAACGAUCUUCGUACAGGCAAGAUAGUCGCUAUCAAAGAGCUUUUUGCUGAAAAACUGGUUGGUCGCAACCUAACAAAUUUCGUUCGAGAAAUUGUUACAAUGGGAAAGUGUAAAGACAGAUUUAUUAUCCCAUUCAUCGGCUACACAGUUGAAAAACCAUACUGCAUUAUCACAGAAUACAUGCCAAACGGCGCAUUAAGUUCAUAUCUGAGAAAAGAGUUCAGAGCCAAGCCCAUAUUCUCAGGAACCCAUCUUACAAUGAUUGCGAUGGGAUUAAUCUUUGCAAUACGUCAUGUCCAUAUUCAGAAAAUCAUUCAUCGUGAUAUUAAAGCGGCAAACCUUCUUCUUGACCAUCAUUUUCUACCAAAACUUUGCGAUUUCGGCAUUUCACGCUUCAUUAAGCGCAAAAUCAUGACAGAUGCCAUAGGAACUGCAUCUCAUAUGGCUCCAGAAAUCAUGGUCAGUACCAAAUACGAUAUCAAAGUCGAUGUUUUCGCAUACGGAGCAACCUUGUUCGAAAUGGUUGAGAAAAAGAAUCCAUUUGCAGGACAUCCGAUGAAAGAAGUCAUUAACAACAUCAGAACAGGUAAAAGACCUAUCUUUAGACGUCAAGAUACUCCUGAAUGCCUCAUAAAUCUAAUUGGUCGAUGCUGGGCCCAAAAUCCAAAACAAAGACCAACUUCUGAUGAAAUCUACAAAGAAUUCGCCACAGGAAAAGCCUAUUUCGCAGGUACAGACCACAAAGUCAUCGAGCAAUUUGCUGAGAAACUCACGAAAGAGUUCAAUGAGAUGAAAUACACGAAAUCUCCAAGCAAAGGUAAGACAAAUCCAUGGGAAGCAGAGGUCAUCAGGCAUCUAGAAGAGAAAAUGAUCAGAGCCAACAAGCUAGAUGAAAUGAAACUCGCGUUUGGACUUACAAUUUCGGAAGAUUUCGAAGAAGAUGUUGCUCCAAGGGUCAAAAACGAUUCAGAAGAGAUGGCAAAGACGAGAUCAGAGGAAAACCUUAAAGAAUUCGAAGAUCAACACGCAAUGAAAGCCGAAAUUGCCGAAAAACAUGAAGAACCUAAGAAAGAAACUACAGUUUUCGAUGUUUUAGCUGAUCCAAAUCAUCCCUUGUUCAAAGAGAAGGUAAUUGAAGUACUUGACAAAGUAACAUUUGAUGAAUUUCCUCCUGUUUACGGAAUAUUAGUUAAAUACUUCAUGAACAAAGAUGAUGAUUCCUUAGCUGUUUUCAUUCUUGAAGAAUUCACGAAAUUGAUACAAAGGGAUGUGAAAAUCAUCAAAUUCAUGGAUCAGUACCAUUUCUUCUCCGUUUUACCUGUUAAUUCCGAAAAAGCGCAAAGAGCAACAUUGUUUUUCAUUGCAGCUACAUUCGAAAUGGCACCAAACAGGAUACAAUCAACAAUAUUUAGAGCUCUUGGCGCAAUGUUCAGAGUUUUUCCUUAUCAAACAAUUUCUCUUUAUCCGCAUUUUAUUUCUAGAUACAGUAGAAUUAGAGAUCCGGCUCCUGCAUUGGAUUUCAUGCUGAGAUUCGCUCGUAAUUUCGUUCACGCGGAGUCAGGAGACAUCUACAUCAAAUGCAUCUAUAAACUGACUCAAAUUGAAGAAUUCGCAAAAACAAGAAUGGAAAUUUUGAAACAAACAAUUUCGGCUUUUACGAGAUCCAAAAAUUCCUUCGUAAUGAGUGCUGCUUUAAACAUUUUCGCAUUGACGUAUAAAGAAGGUGAUCAAGUUCCUUUCGAUGCAAUUAUUCGUGGACUUCCUAAUGCACAUUGUGCUGAUCCUUGCGCAACAAUUUUGUUGAAAACUCCUGAAUUUCCUUUGUCAAAAACAUUGUUUAAGAAUUUGUCAGAAAAAUGCGCGAGGCCAAAGAUUGCUCGCUGUCUGAUGAAGUUCGCGUCGAUGUCAAAGGAACACAGGAAGAUUGCUUUGUCUACAACGAAAUGGAUGAGCAUUGCAAAUCAAUUUACUUAUAAGGCAUUUUUGUUGAUUUUUGCUGAUCCUGAAAUGAGAAAUUUAAUCAUCAAAUCAAAGAAUUUCUCAUUGUUCUUGACAAAGUGUUUGAGACAGAUUCCGAAUGAAGUUUUGGUUUCUUUGGGAUCUGUAUUCAGAAGAAUGCCAAUCGACCAGUCAUUGAUGUACAGAUUGACUGAAGAUGACUUCUUCGAAGCCCUCCAGGAGAAAAUGAAUGUUUACGCGUAUGAUGACCAGAAAAUGUUGGGAGCUUUCAUCAUCCUCGACGCUUGUAUACAGAAAGGAUAUUCAAGCGACUACAAGUUGUUCAUCGAUCUGUUGGCGAAUUGCAUAGAGAAUAGCAACAACUUGACAAAACCUGCCGCUUUACUUUUCGUUGCAUUGAGUUCUCACUCAAAAAUGGCUGCGAGAUUUAAGAAAGUCGAUGGCUUAGUUUCUUAUUUCAAGGAACUUAAAGAGAAAAAUGUCAUCGCUGAUGCAGCUACUGUUUUCCUUAAUAAUAUUAGUUCUGUUUAA